UGUAGGCCUCACUGUCUCACGAAUGGGUCUCUGGUGUUUGAGGAUGUCGCUCUCAGGAUUACACCGAGAACGGCUGUGGACGAGCUGGUUAUAUAUAUCCUCAUGGACGACCUGACUUCCCAAAAGAGAUCGGUAACGGCACACAACCGCUGCACACUUUCUUCCCAACUUCAAGUUCCUCCUACAUCAACCUCGCUUUCAAGAACAACAUCACCUCUCAUCAAACCAUGUCACAUCCCAAGCCAAACAAUAUGGCGCCCGCCGCAUCGAAUGGCCAGUACCAACACUUUGUCCCCCAGUUCCUUCUCAAGAACUUCGCCCACAGGGUCCCCAAGGCACCCAAAGCACCCAAAGGAACUCCAAAGCCCAAGUAUGAGAAGGGCAUGUUUCCGGGAGACCUGGUGAUCAGCAGCCUCGAUAUGACCCAGGACGCCGCCGCCUUCACCGAGAAGCCCGUUUCCAGGAUUUUGGGGCAGAUCAACAUGUACGACGACUUCAUCACGAAGCCGGACAAAGAGCGGAGACAUGUUGAGAAAUUGUUGUCCAGACUUGAGGCUCAGGCAGCCCAGAUCGUCACCAAAGUCACCAAAGCCUUGGAAGCCAAGGAGCCCGCAGUCCGUCUCAUGUGGGAUGAACGCUCCCUGCUCCGCAAGUUUCUCUUCCUCAUGAGAUAUCGCAACAUCGUGUUUUAUAAGCGCUUCCACCACGAAAACUCAACCGAAUACUCCGAUCAAGACCGGGAACAGCUCCGCGAAUACAUGGCCGAGAAUCCUCAGUUCAAAACACCCAUAGAUGUAUGGUUGAAUAACAUCAAAACCAUCGUCGAGCUCGAAAUAGAUCCAGAGUUCAAGUGGGCCCGCGAAAUCGGCAAACAUAUGUAUCCCGACGAUGCUCAAUGGUUCCUCUACAACCUCCAGUGCAAUACAAUGGCAUUUUGCGUCCCAUCGAACCCCGAAGAAGAAUUCAUCCUCACUGACAACAGCUACACGGUCUCCGAUGAGGUGCAGGUGUUCGCUCGAAACGUCCGAUCGGACCGUAUUGAGACACUUGCGCGGGCACCUUUUCACGAGUUUGUGCCAGUAUCCCCCAAGCUCAUGAUCGUUCUUCGCUCCCAGUACUUGUCUGAGCCACUAGAGGACAACUGCCCGGAGGUCAAGGCUAGAAGGGAAGCACACCGAUCCCUUGCUUUUGCAGGAUUUGGCCCUGUUCAAAGUGUGCUGGAGGAUCUUCCUAUCGGCAAACCACACAACAGCCACGUCAAGGUUGUUAAUGGUCGUUUGUGCCUGCGAGAUGGCGAAGACGGCUGUCAGAGAAGAGAUCACAGCUAUCUUUUCCAUUUUUUCUCAGUUGAAAGCCGCCACGUCAACACGAUCAACUCGAUUCUUUUAGACAAGUGCGUACAUUGUACUAGUCUCAUCUUCAACUCCAAAGACGCCUUCGGAAAGACGCUCGAAUGGUAUCUGACUGCCCCAUUGGAGUACGGCAAGACGUUGAUCGGGGAGAACGCAGAUCUGCGUGAGAAGAUUUUGAUGAAACUGGAAGUGAUUUCCCGGUCGUUUGGUUCGAAGAAGGAAACAAAGUGGACAAGGGUCAAUAAGUGUCAUGUGGCUGCUGACCACGAGUACAGUCGACUUGUGGACCAGCAAGUGAGGAGGGACUUCAACAGACUUUUGAGUGGCAAGACGGACAAAAAGCCACUCUGGAUUGACGGGAUUCGCGCUGCUAUCGAUGAGGGGGUGGAACAACCAGAGUCGAGCCACGAAGGAACUUCCCCUGGAUUUACACCCACCCCACAAUACCGGAUGUUAGGCGGCUCUGUCCACACCGUAGAAAAGGACAAAGAGCAAACUCUCUUGAUGAUGACGUUGCGCAUCAAGAUUGACUACUGGUCGCGCGGAGUAGAUGAGAAAAUUCGCCAACGCAACCGAGACCUGCUUAUCGCCGAAUACCUACGAAUGCCCGCUCGAAGACUAUGGGGUUAUAUGAGGAUCGUGAGGUACAUGUACCUGAGUGAUUCUUUCUUCAUACCCAUCAGACUAAAGCCUGAACAGCCGGAGGACGCCGUCAUAUAUGCCAAGGACUUGAUUGAACCAAACAGUUUGACUUACCUAAUCUAUAAAGCUGUACAAUUUGAUAUUGAACUGCGCAAGCGACCCCAUGUCGAUAUAUGGGGUGAGCUCUCACCGGACUCGGAAAGCAUGGCAUUGAUGACAGAGUUAGCAUUCAGGGUUCAAGGUACCGAAUCCAUUCUCAACUGCGGAAUCCCCAUCAUCGAAAACCUCGCCGCCUCUCUCGUCUCCCAAACCCCCUUCGCCGGCAUGGCCCUAGGCAUCUGGUCCCGGAACCCGCGAAACCCCAACUACCACCCGUCUCCCUCCCCGGACUUCGAGUCCAACCUCGAAGCCUCCCUCUCCCUCUUCAACAUCCUCCACCGCACCGAGCUCGCCUUGCGCGUCAUCUGCCGGACCCGCUUCCUCGGGAUAAUGGAAUCCGAGCGUUCAAAGCAUAACCUACACCCACAGACGCUGCAGGAUCUGAAGAAAGUCUUCUUCACCGCCGUUUAUCCAACUCCCCCAGAUGAUUGGAGGUAUCGCUUCUGGUGAGGAUGACGAUAGUGAUGAUGAUGACGAGUACGCAUAAGGAAACGGCGUCGGCCCCGUCCCAGCCCCUUGAUGCCCUUGAUUCUUGUGAUCAAACUGGAUUUGACAAACCGCCGUCGGACUCUCAGUACAAGUACUAGCGACGUAAUACGAAGUGGUCGUAGUCGCAGCGGUGGUGAGGGUGGUGGCGAUGUUGAUGGGCACGUC